CGGGGAGGGGGCGGGCGCGGCAGAAGGAGCGGGGCCGCCGCCGCCGGGGAGCCAGCCUCACUUCCUAGGAGUGCGGGGAGACCACAGCCUGCCGGGGGCUGCGAGCGGUGCCACAGACAGACCUCUUGGCUCCCAGAUGGCCAAUUCCCUGAACGGCCGGAACCCGCGCAAGGGACGGAUCCUGGGCUUCAUCGAUGCCAUUCAGGAUGCUGUGGGCCCCCCCAAGCAGGCAGCUGCCGACCGCAGGACUGUGGAGAAGACCUGGAAGCUUAUGGACAAAGUGGUAAGAUUGUGCCAAAACCCAAAGCUUCAACUCAAAAACAGCCCACCUUAUAUACUUGACAUUCUGCCUGAUACUUACCAACAUUUGCGACUUAUACUGAGCAAAUAUGAUGACAACCAGAAACUCGCACAACUCAGUGAGAAUGAGUAUUUUAAAAUCUACAUUGACAGUCUUAUGAAAAAAUCAAAACGGGCCAUAAGACUCUUUAAAGAAGGAAAGGAAAGAAUGUAUGAAGAGCAGUCACAGGACAGAAGAAACCUUACCAAGCUGUCUCUCAUCUUCAGCCACAUGUUAGCAGAAAUCAAGGCUAUUUUUCCAAAUGGACAAUUCCAGGGUGAUAACUUUCGCAUCACCAAAGCCGAUGCUGCAGAUUUCUGGAGAAAAUUCUUCGGAGAUAAAACUAUAGUGCCAUGGAAAGUGUUCAGGCAGUGCCUUCAUGAAGUUCAUCAGAUUAGCUCUGGUUUGGAAGCAAUGGCUCUUAAAUCUACUAUUGACUUGACCUGCAAUGACUACAUUUCAAUUUUUGAAUUUGAUAUCUUCACUAGAUUAUUUCAGCCGUGGGGCUCAAUCUUAAGGAAUUGGAACUUCCUGGCUGUGACACAUCCUGGAUAUAUGGCAUUCCUGACGUAUGAUGAAGUGAAAGCAAGGCUGCAGAAAUACAGCACUAAACCUGGGAGCUACAUUUUCAGACUGAGUUGCACUCGCCUGGGCCAGUGGGCCAUCGGGUAUGUGACUGGUGAUGGGAACAUACUGCAGACCAUACCUCACAAUAAGCCUCUGUUUCAAGCUUUGAUCGACGGCAGCAGGGAAGGAUUCUAUCUGUUCCCAGAUGGACGAAGUUAUAACCCUGAUUUGACAGGAUUAUGUGAACCCACACCACACGAUCACAUAAAAGUCACGCAGGAGCAAUAUGAAUUGUACUGUGAAAUGGGUUCCACUUUUCAGCUGUGUAAAAUCUGUGCAGAGAAUGACAAAGAUGUGAAGAUAGAGCCUUGUGGACACCUUAUGUGCACUUCUUGUCUUACAGCAUGGCAGGAAUCAGAUGGCCAAGGCUGCCCUUUCUGCCGCUGUGAAAUCAAAGGAACAGAACCAAUCAUUGUGGAUCCCUUUGAUCCCAGGGAUGAGAACUCCAGGUGCUGCAGUAUUAUGGAUAGCUUUAGUAUGCCCAUGUUGGACUUGGAUGAUGAUGAUGAUAGAGAAGAGUCUCUAAUGAUGAAUCGUUUGGCUUCAGUCCGAAAGUGCAAUGAGAGGCAGAAUUCACCAGUGACUUCCCCAGGAUCUUCCCCUCUUGCACAAAGAAGAAAACCACUUCCAGACCCCCUGCAAAUCCCACAUCUUAGUCUUCCACCUGUACCUCCCCGUCUGGAUCUGAUUCAGAAGGGAGUAGCACGGUCACCGUGUGCCAGCCCAACCGGGUCACCAAAGUCUUCGCCCUGCAUGGUGAGGAAACAGGACAAACCUCUGCCAGCGCCGCCACCUCCCCUGCGGGACCCUCCGCCGCCGCCGCCGGAGCGGCCUCCCCCCAUGCUGCCGGACAGCAGGGCCGGCCGGCACCUGCCCCAGCCCGAGAGCCUGCCUGCCAGGGACCAGCCCCUGCCCCUGGAGGCCUGGUGUCCCAGGGACGUGUUCGGGACAGGACAGCUGGUGGGCUGCCGCGGCGCGGGCGACGCUUCCCCCAAAGCAGGACUGACCGCCGUUUCAAACGGGAGGCACGGCCGCGUCAGUUCUGAGCAGGGCUUUGUGAGGAAGCACCGGCGACACGAGCUGCCUGCAGAAGGUGCCAAGGUUUUUUCAAAUGGUCAUCUAAUAAAUGAAGAAUAUGAUGUCCCUCCACGGCUUUCACCCCCUCUUCCAGCUGGCUCCGUCAUCCCUAGUAUAAAGUGCCCUGGUCCUUCAGCAAAUUCUCUGUCUGAUAAAUCAAGGGAACACCCAGAUGAUGAUGAUGAAUACAAAAUUCCUUCUUCACAUCCUGUAAUACUGUGUUCACAGCCACCUCAUGGUCAUAAUAUAAAACCUCUUGCUCGGGUGUGUGAGAAUGGUCAAUGUGCGAAUGGAACACACGGUGCUACUUCAGACAUAAAGAAAUCUAAACAUCCCGAGUCAGGAGAUGUCUAUGAUGCACCUACUGUUCCGGUACCUUUGCCUCCUGCACGGCCUCCUGCCAGAGACAACCCCAAACACAGCUCUUUGCUCAACAGGACACCCUCCGAUUAUGAUCUUCUGGUGCCCCCUUUAGGUGAAGAUGCAUUUGAUAACUCUCCCCCCUCACUCCCACCACCACCACCACCUGCUCGGCACAGCAUGAUUGAGCACACAAAACCUGCUGGCUCAGGGAGCCGACCCUCCUCAGGACACGAGCUGUUCCUUCAUUCUGAUCCCCAUUUUGACCCAAUAACUGGUCACGUUCCUUUGCCGCCUGCUCGGAGAGCACCUGGAGAAAAUGUCAAAACAAAUAGGACAUCUCAAGACUACGAUCAACUUCCUCCAUCUUCAGAUGGUUCACAAGCACCAGCCAGGCCCCCUAAACCACUUCCUCGGAGAACUGCACCAGAAAUACAUCACAGGAAAGCGUACAACUCUGACAGUUCCAUGGAAAAUGUGGAUGCAAAAAUUGCAAAACUUAUGGGAGAGGGCUAUUCCUUUGAAGAAGUCAAGAGGGCACUUGAAAUUGCCCAGAAUAAUGUUGACGUGGCCCGUAGUAUUUUAAGAGAGUUUGUUUGUUUUCCUCCACCAGUCUCCCCACGUCUCAAUCUAUAGCAGCAUCAAGAUUUUCUUGGAGCGUAUGAAUUCUACAGAUACACAUGUGGAUUGGGGAAUGAGAGGAAGAACAGAGUGGAGUAUUUUUCUUCCAUCCUUAGCAGAAGGAUGUUUAUUUCCAGCCAUUUAUCAAAGGCUCCUGGCUGCUCUGAUCAAGACUUAUAAAUAUGCUGAGGCUUAUGUAUUUUUGCUAGCCAUACUUUUUUAAAUCAGGGUUGAACUUACAAAGUAAUUUAAAAAAAGUUUACUUCCCUAGAACUUUUAAUCUGUGAAAUGCUUUUUCUUGUUUACAAGUUGGCAAGUUACAGUUUUCUAGUUUGUGCCUGUACUAUGUCCUGUUCAUAUUCCCUUGUACUUGUGGUCAGUUCUGCUGUAGCAUUCCCAACAGUUUCCAUGCUGACCACUCCAUCAACUAAAUCAUCACUUUCCAGAAAUUCUGUGUUUCUUUUGGUCGUUUUUUCUUUUACAAGAUGCUUUAAUUGUUUUUUUUUGCAUUUCAGCUCAUCAAAUGCAAAAAGUAUGUGGCCUUCACUACUGAUUUUUUUUUUUUCUUCUGGGAUUCCUUUGCUUUUGAAAGAGGAAGUAUCUGAAUGUAAAACACAUUAUUCUGUGAACUGCCUUCUUAAAGGUAUUUUGACAGUAAUUUUGGGCAGCUUUCUGUUUAACAAGAGUUCCAUGACCUGUAGUCUCAAGGUCUUUUAUAUACAGUUUCCACAAAAAAAAUCCCAACCAACAAAUAAAACACUUCAUGCAGCAGUGAUACUGAGUUCUCACAUGUAAAAUCUCCUUCAAAUUUGAGUAUUUGAUUGCAGAUGUUCAAAAAAAGCCAAAUGCACAUGAUAAUACUGUGUUUUGAUUACACAAUAAUGGCACCAGUUCUUCAUGACAAGACUAAAAGGACUCUUUUUCAAUGAUAUUAAAGGUAUUCAGGUAAAUUCCAGUUCUAGAUUCAGUAAAGUAGAAUGCGGUUAAUGUUUUAUUUGAGUGAUUAUCCUGUGGUUCAUUGUGGCUUGGAUCAGUUUGUAUUAACUUGGAAACUUUAAAUCUUUGAUGCACUGUUAAUUCCUAAUGCUACUGUAGCAAUAUUUUUUGCAAAGUUCUUUAAUAACCUCCUCCCUCCCUUGUACACUUUAUAAUCCUCAAAGAUGUGUUUAACACCCAAAUUCAUUCACUCACUUUUCAGCUGAUUAGUUGGAAAUACAUUUUUACUUUACUUGGUUAGUGAUACUCCAAACUUUGACGUUUUAUUUUUGAGCCCAAAUUGGUGCAAGCCAAUUGAAAAAUCUUCCUGGUUUUAAAAAAGGAGAAGACAGCUCUAUUCUGUGUACUUUCAAAGUUGAGUCCAAAUAUUUUCAGAACAAUUCUUAAGAUUGCUGCUUUUGGGGGUUUUUUUUGUUUUGAAAUUUUUCUUCUAAUACUGUUGAAAAAAUAAAACCAUGUGGUAGUUAGAAUAUUUUUCUCAUUUUGAGAUGUGAUGAGUGUAUGAAAAUUUUCAGUGUGCCUGGCUGGGUGGUGAAGUAUGUAUUCUUUAUUCCCUUUCAGCUGUUAGUGUUCUCUUUCACUCUGAGCAAGUGCUAGAAUUUGUACCACUUACAGGAUCAGAUCUCAUCAGCCGGUGCAUUUGUUGUAAAGAUGUUUUUAAAGGCAGCACGUGGCUGAACUGCAGGAUUUGAACUGAGAACACCCAUUGGAAAUUACUGGGCUUUCUCAAAGUCCUGUUGUUCAAACAAAAAACUUAUUCUUAAAACGAAAGUAUUUUGUAGCAUCACGAAGCAUGGUAUGGAUACUGUUAAUCUGCUUCAGUGAUAAAAGAUGAUCAGGAGAAUACAGGGUAUAGGGAAGAGCUGCUGCUCCAUUGGGAUUUGAGCAAAUGCUUCUGAGUUUAUGUUCUGGGAAAAGAUAUUUGCAUCUUACUGUAAUUGUUCAUUCCUUGAGUACAGCUUAGGAAAAGUUUUGGUGUAAGUUACAUUCUGUGCUUUUGGCUUGAGUUAAUCUUUUUCCUUUGUUCUGGGAGAAAGUUUUGUCUAGUAGUGAGCCCUCUUGCUCAUUUGGUUUGUUUGCAACAUCACUGUAGCAUUUUAGCUAGCUAUAAAUUGAAAAUGAUUCAGGCUAUUAAAUUAUACACUCUGGUUGUACUGGAAUUACUGAAAUGAGGUUUUAGCAUAACUGCCACCAUAGCAAUGAUGACAGUGAAAAAAGAGCACUUUACAAGGAUGAACAAACAAUCUGCAGAUUGAGUUUUGAAAUUUUGAAUUGUAAUGAAGAACUCAUUUUCUCUUCUUUUAUGCAGCAGCUUAGUAUAAAUUACAUCCUUAUAUUUCAAUUAGAGGCUGGAACUACUGCCUGAUAGAUUAAGGUUUUUAAAGUUUUCCUUCUUUCUGCUUGUGACCACCAGUGACACUUUUUUUUAUUAUGUGAUAAAAAACCAAACUUGAUGAGCAAUAUUCUGAGUGGUAACUUGAAAAGAGUUCCACUAAUCUUUAAAUGAGUGUCCUAAUGACUCUUCUAAACAGGGGAACAUGCAGACAAUUUCAGACCUGUUUUGGUUAGUAGUUUUAAAGUCAAACAGCAAAAGUGCUUUGCUGUAGUGUUGAUGUUUACUCUGCAGGAAUUAAUAGGCUUAAAAUAAAUUAAUCUGGCUGCAGUCUAGUUCUCUAAAGACCUAGUUCUCUAAACAUAUUUUUAACCUUUAAAUGACUUAAGGGUUUGAGCCUGGCAGUGUGUUAUGCACUUAUAUUACUUUAGGGAACACUGACUUGAAUGAGGGUACUUGGGUGAACAAAGUUGGAUAAACUCAGAGACAUUUGCAGUCUUUAGGCCAUCCUUGUGUUGUUUUUUCUCUCCUUUUGGCUGAGUUACUGCAUUUUGAGCAAAUCAGCUGAAUCAGAAGUUAAGCAGAGCAAGUGGACAUCAGCAGCACAAACCAUUUUUCAAAGGCUAUGUGUAGGAAAAAGUUAAAUUGUGUUAAAGGAAAUGAAUAUAAUUAGCCAUUUUAAUGGCUUGUCUUGAACCCUAAAAUGGCCACUGGUAAAAUUUUUUAAUGUCCAGUAUCUCAAGAGUGCAUCUGGCACAGCUUUUUUAUAAUGUGAAUUUAGGAAGUUUUGUACCAGGAUCAAUUCUUCUGUUGUAUUUCUCUCAUUUUCAGCUUGAAGCUUUACUUUGCACUGACAACUCUGACCUGAAAGCAUUUAAAUUUGUGUCUUAAAUCUUGACAAAUUUUGAAGCAAAUGAACACCGUAUUCAAAGCAAAUUCAGGUGCUACCUGAUGACCUGGAAUUUAGGGCUUUUAGGAGUGACUUCUUGAAAAAAGGACUUCAGCAGUUUCCAUUUUGAAGGAUUUUCUUUCAAAUAACUAUUUUAUCUGAAAAUGCCUUUUAUAAACUUGUCUCAUGUGGCAAAUUUAGUGAUGUGUUCAAUUAAUUUAUAUUUUAUUCAACAUUCUUUUUAAAUUUUGGUUAUUAUGUAUGCUCAAGUUCUUUAUCUGUUCAUGUAAGGUAUUUUAUAAAAUUAAUGUUAAGAGAAUGUUGGGUUGGUCCGUGAUUUUUCAAGACUCUGUCUCUCUGUUGCUGAAUAUUAUCACUUUUCAUAUGAUGCUUUAGCAACAUAGCCUGUCCUAUGUAGGGGCCUUAAAAAUCAUUGUUCUGUAAGCCACAAAAAUGAGGCCUUGCUCUAAAAUAAGGUGAACCAUUGCAUUGUGACAUGUGUUUUAUAUCCCCAUACAUUACCUCAUUUCUAAAUUUCACUAGUAAAAGUUAAUAAAUUGGCAGUAAUUUUGGAAUGUGCAUGUAAUAGCUGUAUGGCAGAAAGAUGCUAACUAUUAAAUAUUUAGAAUCCAAAGUGGUGAACACAUAGUCCGGCUGUAUAUUAAUUAUCAGGGUUUUUUCCUCAAGAAAAUUACAAUAAGCUAGCACUGAUAGAAAGUUUAGAAAAUCAAACUCCUCUUCUAUGCUUGGCAAUACAACUAUUGCUGCUUAAACCCCAGCACUGUUCCCUGCAGUUGGAUUAGAGCUUCAGUGCUGAGAUUUUCAUGGUAUUUUCUUCAUUGUGUUAAAUCCUUGUCCACCGUGUAUGUCACUAGUCACAUUGCUUACAUUGCUAGAGAAUUUUCCUGUUUGGGAUACUUGUCUUUAGUACUACAGGUGCUUAUUUCUGUCAUUUUUACUCUUCAUAUGUGAAAGUUAGGUGUUACAUUAUUGUGUUACAAUCAAAUUUUAGCAGCUGGGUGCUCUAGGAAUGGUUCAGGAAUUUUUGUUUGAUAGACCCAGUCAUUAUUCUGUACAAGAUACCCGCCUCCAUUUAUCAGUUUCAGUAAGUUCCCAUCAGGAAAUUGCUACAUUUAGAUUUUAACACUGUGUGUUACUGUGACAUCUGAACACUCCAUUUGGCCUUAGAUGAUUUCAUGUCUAGCAGUGGAAGUUCUUAUUCAGUAUAAAUGCUAAUUCCCAAAUCUUAAUCUUAAAUCACAAAAUAAAUCUUAAAUUUGUGAAACUUAAUUGCAUAAACAUCCUGAACAUUGUAAAUAACUUAGAAGACUCAGAAUAAUGUGAACUGUGACAAGAUUCUUGCUUCGUAGACCUGCCAGAAGUAAAAGCCUAAACCCACUGAAUAGUGAUCUUCUCCCUGUGAAGCUGCUUCCAUCUGUCUGGAUCUGUGAAGAAAUCAGCCAACUACAACAGUACUGCUUGGAAAACAUUUUUAAAUUUUUUAUUGCCUUAAGUGCCACAGUAGGCAGCAGGAUGGGAGAGGAACAGAUAACUAGGCAGAAGGAGAUAAUUAUGUAAUAACAAUCCAAGCCCCUCUCUCCUGUUGCCUAGUGUGAAUUGCCUGGAGAUCUAGUGCACAUGAAGGGGUGUUUGUUAUGGUUUUUCCAGUCUUCAUUUACUGUGUUCUUCUCCAGGGAAGUGUCCUUCUCUGAGGACAGUGUGUCUUAUUUAGAAGUCACGCUGUUUAGGAACAGGAUGCCAGGAUUUUAGCAGCAGAGGGAAGUGUGAAAUAGCAUUCUGCUCAAGUGUUUGCCAGCAAAACAGCCAAAAGCUUUAUGAGGAUUUCAGUGGAAACACCUCUGUUUUCAAGUUCAUCUCUUGGCUUUUGAAGGAUGUGUGUAUGUACCCUGAGGUGUACAUGCUGGUCUGGUGGAGAGUGGAGGAGAGAGGAUGCUGCUUGAUGCCAGCCUGGGGAGUUCACACCUAGGCUAUGGCAAUCAUGUUACAAAAUACCUGCUCCUUUUGGGUAGCUGAACCUGCCCAGUAGUCAAGCUACUACAGUCAUCCACGUUUUUCAAGGCAAGUUUUUGUCCCUGUGUAGCUGGGGAGGUGCACACAUCCACUCCAAAAUAGAGAGCCUGGUUUCUGUGCAUCGGUGUAGUGGUCAGGACACUGAAAGUAAUACCUGCUCCCUAGUUCUCAUUAGACCACAAUGCAGAAAGUGCCCUUGGAGAGCUCUUUUUAAUUUGUAAAUGGAGUGUCAUUGAAUUUCGAAUUCUAUACAACCAAAAGUAAACUUACAUCAUUCGGCUUUCAGAAAUACCUGAAGGUAGUGGCUGGUACUUUUCUGAAGCUAUUAAUUUGCUUUAACAUGUGACUCAAGUGUUUCCUCUUGUUAAAUUUUUGUUACAUAUGAAAUUCUUGGGCCUUCAUUUAAAAGCUUUUAUUGCCUUUUCACUAUGGCUUUUGUCAGUAGUACCUUUAUUACCUUGGCUAAAUUCAGAUUAUCCUGCUCUCCUAAAUCCCAGUUUGGGCCAUGUUCAGCCUGACCUUUGUCCUACAGCAGCCAGCAAUGAGGAUACAUCACUGUGCAUCCUCAUCUGCUCCCUCUGACUGUUUUUAUCUCCUUCUCCCACCUCAAAUCUCUCCAGUGUAUCAAUCACCAGCACAUCCUUCAUUGCCUUAAUGACAGACACUUUACAGUUUCCCAUCUCAGCUUUCAACCACAUCUGUGUUUUUUUCUGAGGUCCCUCAUAAAGUGUUCUGCUGGCCUUGUCUGUCUCACUGAUUGUUCAGAUUCUCUGCACUGUAUCCAAAUGGCCUCUGUGAAUGUGGUCAUCCAAAAUGAAUCAAGAAUUCCAUGACAAAGCCUGUUUUCUUUAUUAUCACUGGCUUUUUUCCUGUUCCUUUCUUGAUCUGGAAGAGCACUCUUGUGUUUCAUGACUUACUUGUCAGGGAUGAAAAUGAAAUCCACUUCUUAUUUCAGCAGACCCCUCUUUUGCUUCUGAGAUGUGAGAAGAAACCAACACAUGACAUCUGCUGGUAACACUCCUUCUAUUUGAGAUGAAUUGUAUCUAAAUAUAUGGGAGUUAAAGGAGUUUGUCCAAUGAAUUUGGUUUGUAUUUUGAAAAGUCAUUUGCUUACUUCUAGUACUAACUGAGGAGCAGGUGGAAGGGAUGAAUUUUAUAAGAUGUGUCGGUGAAAUUGGGAACUUACUUGCAAAUAAAGGUAAUUGAUUACCAUGAGCAUCUGGGAUAAAAGACUGACCUUUGAAAUCAAACAAGUAAGUAUCAUUUAGCUUGAAAGUUCUCACACAGAGAAGGUAAAAGCACUAUAUCUGAAUGGUUCCACCAAUGGCCUUCAAAAGACUUCUGUUCCUUAUUUGUGAGGUAACCUUGCCCAUAUGUUGGCCACAAUUUUGUGGCUUUUUAAGUGAACCAGUAUCUGUGAACAGGACCAGAGACAGAAAGCUUGUGGGUUUCCUCUCCCUGCUGCCAGAGGAGGAUGCACAUUAUAGUUUUCCCAAAUUCUAACAGAAAUUGGGUGAAUUUCAUGAGGUCUUACACAAGUGUAGAUUUCCACCUGGAUGAAAUCCUCCAGAGACAGGAUGGCUGGUUGGUGAGGGAAGGGUUGGGAAUGUACAACCUGGCUGAGCAAGGAGGUGCUAGAACUGUGAUUAUCUUGGGGGAGCAGGAAUGUUGUGCAAUAGAAACAGGAGGCAGGGGAAUCAGAUGAGAAAAAUGGGUGGACAUUUGGUUCAAAUUUAGAGAAGUGUUUCAGAGUGUGGGUUGAGGGGGGAAUUUGAGUAGUAGUGUACAAGGGUGCGUUUUACUGGGGGAAAUCUUACUUGCCAUGCUUGGGGCAGAACACGGUUACAUGAAAGGGCCUUAUGUUCCUGCAUGUAUCAUUCCAGAGUGAUCUGUGCCAUAGUUAAUACCCUUAUUUUAGUGUUUGCCCUCACACCACUACUCUUGACACACACACACCCCAUCCCCAACCUUGCUGUGGUCUGUGGCACAGCUCUGAAAUUCUUUGUGGCGAUCUGCUCAGUCAGUUCUCAUAGAGACAUUAUUUACCUGUGAUUUGAAGUGAGGUUUCCAGGCCUUUCAAAGGCUCUCCUAUGUAUUUUGAGGUUUAACUUAAGCAGGAAGACUAUUAGCAAUAAACAAAGCUUGCUUGGAGUUACACAGACUUGUCUGCAUGCAUUGGCAUCCUCUCCUCUGAUGUGUUGGUGUUGCUGAAUGAAGUCUCCAAGAUUACUAGGAGAGGCAGAGCCUUGAUUGUAUCUGUGCUUUGUUUUUAGGAUACUGGCUGGCCAGGGCAUUGCUGCAGGCUGUGAACCUGCCAUCGCACUGGCUCUUGGUUGCCUUUUUACCCACAUUCCAUAAUAAUUUAUAAAGGCCUGAGACAAAAUUAAAAUUGGCUGUGGCUUCACGCAAAGUGGGUACGCUUUGCACUUUUUGUAACUUGCUGUAUUGUGUGUGAUGUCACAAGCAGAAUGCUGGAAAACUCCACCUGUGCUGAACCCUGUGUUAUUUCCAUGCUUGUUCAGAGGUUGUUGUACUCUGCCCUGUGAAGUACACUCCUCUCCUCUGAUGGGGUGCACAGGACAAAGGCUAAUUUCUUGCUAGUGAUGAGUACAGCAAUGUGGAAUAGCAGCUCAUACACAGAGACUCCUGUUGAUGUGCAAACUAACUUGGCAAUGUGGAUUGAUUUUCCUUGGUUGUUUGAGCUGAAAUUUAUUUUUCGGUGAUCAGCCCUAUGGGACCUUGUAUUAUUGGUACUGUAUCAUUGUUGUAUUUGAGCUUUCUCCAUUACAGCAAUAUCAUGCCUCUUGA